UAAAUAAAAAAGUUUCUAAAAGGGUUUCCAUGUCGUCUCUAAUCCUUGGACUGAUAAUUCACACGGUUUGGGAUUUGUGUUUCAGGGCUUUCUAAUUUAUUGGGAUUUUUACUUAAUGCCCCAAGGACACCAAAGACUUUGAUCCUUUCUCCCAUCUCCAAAUUCACAAAGUCCUCACCUUUUCAGCUUCUCUUCAAUGGCUCAGUCUCUUCUUCUUCCUGCAAUGCGCACCAUUGUCGCCCAUUUCUUCCCACAGAAAACCUUACUACCCCUUUUAUCACCCAAACUGUCAAGCUUCACCAUCGCUGCUAAAACCCUUUCUUCCCUUGCCCCUUUAAAUACCCACAAACUCAAAACCCCUGCAAAACCCCAUGCUAUCCUCAAUCAAAGUCCCAACUCAAAACCCACUUUGCUUCUCAACAAUAAAGACCAGCGUUUCCUCGGCCCAGAUUCUACUGUUUCGAAUGAGAAUUCAGCCACCACAAGGUCCACAAUUGCUGCCAUUGUCACCUCUGUAGGUGGCCCGCCUGCCGCCGUGGGAAUCGUUCGGUUAUCCGGUCCAUCGGCGGUGGAUAUUGCUUCGCGUGUGUUUAGACCAAAGAGGAAAAAGAAGAAGAAUAGUAAGAGGAACGGAGGAUUAUCCGCGUGGCAGCCUUCUAGCCAUGUUGUGGAUUAUGGUGUGGUUUUCGAUCAUGAAGGGCAUAUAAUUGAUGAGGUUUUAGCUCUACCCAUGUUGGCCCCAAGAUCUUACACUUGUGAAGACGUGGUUGAGCUUCAGUGUCAUGGGAGUGAAGUGUGUCUUAAUCGUGUGCUGAGAGCUUGUCUUGAAGCUGGAGCUAGGCUUGCAGAACCAGGUGAGUUCACUCUACGUGCAUUUCUGAAUGGGCGUUUGGACCUAUCCCAAGCUGAAAAUGUUAUAAAACUAGUUUCAGCCAAGUCUGUGGCAGCUGCAGAUGCAGCACUGUCUGGAUUGCAGGGAGGCUUCGCUUCUUUGGUUAAAUCUUUAAGAAGACAGUGCAUUGAAUUGCUGACCGACAUUGAAGCUCGAUUAGACUUUGAUGAUGAGAUGCCACCACUAGAGUUGGACCUAAUUAUGGACAGCAUAAAUGUCAUGUCACAAGACUUGGAGAAUGCACUGGAGACAGCCAAUUAUGACAAGCUUCUGCAAUCUGGACUACAGAUAGCAAUCAUUGGACGUCCAAAUGUUGGAAAGUCAAGCCUUCUUAAUGCAUGGAGCAAAAGUGAGAGGGCAAUAGUUACAGAAAUUGCUGGAACCACCAGGGACAUUGUUGAAGCUAGUGUUACUGUUUCUGGUAUUCCUGUGACCCUUCUUGAUACAGCAGGCAUCAGGGUGACUGAUGACAUUGUUGAGAAGAUUGGUGUAGAGAGAUCUGAAGCGGUCGCUAUGGGUGCCGAUGUGAUUAUCAUGACAGUAAGCGCAUGUGAUGGAUGGACUGUUGAAGAUACUGAACUUCUCAGUAGGAUUGAAUCUAACAAGAAAUCAGUUGAAUCUUCUGCACCAAUGGUCCUUGCAAUUAACAAAAUAGACACAACAUCACCUUUGCAUAUGGAAUGGGUUGAUAAAUACAGCAAUUCUUUUAGUAAAUUUGUUUUCACUUCUGCUGUCACUGGCCAAGGAAUCCAAGAUUUAGAGAUGGCAAUUUCAGAGAUUGUGGGUCUGAACAGAAUACCUGCAGGGGGACGGAAAUGGACAGUGAACCAGAGACAAUGUGAGCAGCUUUUGCGGACCAAGGAAGCACUUGCAAGGCUGAAAUUAUCAAUAGAGGAUGAAAUGCCUCUGGACUUUUGGACAAUUGAUUUGCGGGAUGCUGCACUGGCCCUCGGGCAAAUAAGUGGAGAAGACAUCUCGGAAGAGAUUCUGUCCAACAUUUUUGGCAAAUUUUGUAUUGGUAAAUAGAUAUUACCAUUGCAUGUAUACACGCUGGUAGAAAACAACGAGACUCAUGUAAACUAUAUCUUUGUUUCUAAAGCAAACCAAGGUUGGCAUCUGAGUUGCAAUUCCAAAACUGCAGUCUUUGCAAUUAUAAGGUUAAAGCUGUUCAGCCAGGAUA